AGCUAAUCAGCGUCGUCACAGUUCUGGUUAGGAAGUUCCCGGAGCUGCGGAACUCGGUGCCCACCUCCAGAGGAUGGGGGUGAUGGCGCCCCGAAUCCUGCUGCUGCUGCUCUCGGGGGCCCUGGUCCUGACCGAGACCCGCGCGGUCCAAGGAGGAGGUCACCCUGAGGUGCUGGGCCCUGGGCUUCUACCCUGAGGAGAUCUCCCUGACCUGGCAGCGGGAUGGGCAGGACCUGACCCAGGACAUGGAGCUGGUGGAGACCAGGCCUGACGGGAAUGGAACCUUCCAGAAGUGGGCGGCUCUGGUGGUGCCUUCUGGAGAGGAGCAGAAUUACACCUGCCGUGUGCAGCACGAGGGGCUGCCUGAGCCCCGCACCCUGAGAUGGGAGUCGCCUGCUCAGCCCCCGUUCCCCAUCCUGGGGGUUGUUGCUGCUGCGAUCCUCCUUCUAGCUGUGCUCACUGGAGCUGGUGCUGGUCUCCUGAUGUGGAGGAUGAGGAGAGCAGGUGUAAAAGGAGGGGGCUACGCUCAGGCUGCAAAUAAUGACAGUGCCCAGGGCUCAGAUUCAUCUCUCACGGCUUGUAAAGCGUGAGACAGCUGCUUUGUGGGUGACCAGGCGACACCUGACUUCUCUACCCUGUGCUUUGUGACCUCAAGAACACCCGAAUCACCGCUCUGCAGAUGGCUUCUGAGUGUGUCCUGGCUCCUGUCGGCUCAGGGAGGGUGUGUAGAGAGCAGCCCGGCCCCGGGCACCAGGACUUCUGUUCCCACCUGACCCGUGUUCCCUUCCUCAUCAACUCUCCUGUUCCAGCAUUGUGGGCUGGGGUGGCUCCAGCAAUGUCACGGUGCCCUGAACUGCAGCUUCGUCCGUGCUGUCGUGAGAACUGUCCCACACCCUGGCCAGUGUAGCUCAAUCUGUUAGUGGGCUGUUGGUCAGCUGUCCAGUGGCCCUGCCUAGAUUGUGUGCAGAGUCCUGCACAGCAAGGUCACUCAGCUGGGCAGGGAGACAGUGCUCGGUGCACCCAGUGGGUUUCUUACAGGGAUGCGAAGGAGCAGAGUGCACACAACUUCCCCAGGAUCCUUCCUGCUUUUGAUCCUGCUUUUAUUUGAAUAACAGCUCUCUAAUAAAUGAGCAGCUUACAAAGCGG